GCUUGUAUUGCCAUUGGAGCCAUUUUAGUUUAAAAUCAUUGGCAAUGUCGAAUGAAUGUAGUUAGUUUGUUACGAUCCGUUAAGCAUUGAGCACCUACUAUCAAGCGGAAACGAAACAAUUUCAGAUAACAAUGUUUGGCGAAUUGAUUUUGUUCGCGGCAAUAUCUUUGAUAUUUUACGCGUUUUACAAGUGGGCUACAGCCAACAAUGACUACUUCGAACGUCGUAAUAUAAAAUACAUAAAGCCCAAGUUCUUGAUCGGAAGCAAUGUCGGAUUAUACCUUGGCAAGUACACUGCAGCUGAAUUUUCAGACAAAUUAUUCCACGCAUUUCCAAAUGAGGCAAUUUAUGGAUUAUUUGACUUCCGUGCCCCACAAUUCAUUGUUCGCGAUUCGAAAUUAUAUAAACACAUUUUCAUAAAAAGUUUCGAUAAUUUUGAAGAUCAUAAUACAUUUGUCGAUGAAAAAACGGACAAACUAUGGGGCAACGCAUUGUUUCUCAUGAAAGGCGAGAAAUGGCGUCAAAUGAGAGCCACGCUAAGUCCAGCAUUUACCGGAAGUAAAAUGCGACAAAUGUUUGAAUUGGUUACCGAAUGCACUGAUGAAGUGGUGAAACACUUUUUGAACAAGGUUCAAAAGGGUGAGAAAGUGAACAUCGAAAUGAAGGAUUUCUUUACGCGAUACACAAACGAUGUCAUUGCAACUUGUGCCUUUGGACUUAAAAUUAACUCAUUUGAAGAUCCGACGAAUGAAUUCUAUGAAAACGGGAAAAUCUUGAUGGAUUUCACUUCAAUCCAAACGUGGCGUGCAAAGUACGACGCGAACGACGCAAUUGCGUCGGGCGGCACUUGCCGUGGGGCGGCAAAAUUGCGAGCGAAGCGAGCAAAAAUAUUGUAUUUUAGUAAUAAAGGUAAUUUUUGGGGCGGCAUUUUGGGCAUCUGCGUCGGGCGGCACAGCAUCUGCGUCGGGCGGCACAUUUGCUUUGCACGCCACCGAAUCCAAACGUUACUUAGGUUCUUCAUCAUAGACAAAUUUCCAGCUAUUGCACGAGCUUUCAACAUUUCUUUCUCGAAUGGCCGCGUUGGAAAUUCUUUCAAGAAUACAAUUUUGGAAACGAUGGAUAUUCGCAAGAAGAACAACAUCCAUCGUCCGGAUAUGAUAAAUAUUUUGAUGCAAAUUCGUGAAGGAACACUAAAGAAUCAAACAGACGAUAGAGAUAAAAUCGACAAGGAAGGAUUUGCAACCGUUGAAGAGUCCGAAGUGGGUAAGGUGACUGUGAAUCGUGCCUGGAGCGAUGAUGAAAUCGUUGCCCAAUGCUUUGUUUUCUUCGCUGCUGGAUUCGAUACAUCAGCGACGUUAUUGACAUUUUCUGCUUACGAAAUUGCGGUUAAUCCAGAUGUUCAACAAAAACUGUACGAAGAAAUAAUUGAAACCAACCAACAACUCGGAGGAAAACGCAUCACCUACGAUGCUCUACAGAAAAUGAAGUAUUUGGAUCAAGUGAUUUGCGAAACACUUCGAAAAUGGCCACCAGCAACUGUGAAUGAUCGUACUUGCACGAAGGAUUACGUUUAUGACGAUGGCGAAAAAAUAAAAUUCAAAGUGGAGAAAGGUGCAAUCCUCUUCUUUCCCACCUUUUCCAUACAUCGUGACCCAAAAAAUUUCAACGAGCCCGAAAGGUUCGACCCAGAACGAUUUUCCGAUGAGAACAAGCAUACUAUUAAUCCAGAAACAUACCUACCAUUCGGAAUCGGCCCGCGUAACUGUAUCGGUUCUCGUUUUGCUUUGAUGGAAAUUAAAGCGAUUCUAUACAAUUUGCUGUUGAAUUUCUCAUUUGAACCAAAUGAAAAAACACAUAUCCCAAUGAAACUGAAGAAAACAGCAUUCACUCUAGACGGAGAGAACGGAGUGCAUUUGGAACUUAAACCACGAAAAAGUUUAAUGUUCGAAGUAACAUCGCUAACAUGAUUCAGCAACAAAACCAUAUCUAUGGGUGAGAUUGAGAGUGGAGUAUGUUUUUUCUUCGAUUUAUAUUUUUGAAAAGGCGAGUAUGUUUUCUGAUGAUUCUGUUGGCGUUAAAGUAGAGUAUGUCGUAGUACCGUCUAGCCUCUGCGGUCUUCACGGUUUUCGCGCAACUGAUAGGAGAUAACAACAUGGUGUCUUCGGCAAAGUUGUAGCACUCAAGGUCUUCUAUAACAUUGCUGAAGGCAUCUAUCUCUUAUCUCUUAUCAGUUGCGCGCAAAUCGCGCACAUAAAAAAGCAAAUUUUAUAUAGAACUUUUUUUUUCUUAUCAUCUUUCGCGCUUUUCGCGGAACUGAUAAGAGAUAAGAGAUAAGAGAUAACCGACUUCAGCAAUGUUAUAGAAGACCUCGAGUGCUACAACUCAUAUUAUACUUAUCAGUUCCACGGAAACCGCAAAAAACCGUGACGACCCGCCAGAAAUGAACAUACUCGCCUUUAACCAUUUUUGAGUCGAAAGAAACUUACUCUUCUCUUUCAUAACAAAGUCAGUGAAACAUACACCACUCUCAAUCUCACCUAUAGAUAUAUUAUGCAGAAAAUUCGCUACAUUUGCAAUGAUUAUGAAAUUAUUUCAAUAAAAUAACGAGCCAAACAAUAAACAGAAAUAUCUGAAAAGA